AUGCCCAAAAGAAAUCAACAAUCUUCUCACAAGACUUUCAGAAUUAAGCGAUUCACGGCCAAGAAACAAAAGCAAAAUCGUUCCAUUCCCCAGUGGAUUCAGAUGAAAACUGGUAAUAAAAUCAGGUACAACUCCAAAAGGAGACAUUGGAGAAGAACUAAGCUGGGUCUAUUAGUAAUUGCACAUGAGAUGGCACACAUAUUUAUGUUGCCUGAGUGUCACCAUCACAUUACCAUAUCAAGCUGAAAAUGUCACCAUUAU